AUGGAUGGAACAGUGAAACAUGACUUGCCAAUCAUUACAGAGUGCAACCAGAUUCCUGACGAGAAAGAAGAGAUUCCUACUCCAGACAUUGCUUACAAUCAUUUACAUCUUAGGGACAUUGCCAGUGAGAUUCACGAGUUUGACUCGAAAUGUCUCAUUACCCUACUGAUAGGAAGAGACUUGGUGGAGGCUCAUCAUGUCCACGACCAACGAAUUGGUCCGAAGGGUUCUCCCUAUGAGUUCAAAAAGGAUUCGGAAGGUAAUUUGACCGCACCACUUCCAUUCCGGUCACCACGACAACGAUUAUCCAACAAUAGAGGACAGGCUUUAAAAAGAGCCAAGAUACUCCACACCAGUCUGGAAAGGAACCCUGUGAAGAAGGAACACUUCACCACAUUCAUGAAAGGGAUAAUUGAAAACGGACAUGCAGAUGUUGCCACUACGAUAGACCCACAAGCAGAGUGUUGGUAUCUUCCACUCUUUGGUGUUUACCACCCAAAGAAAAAAGACAAAAUCCGUGGGGUAUUUGACUCAUCAGCAGUAUAUGAUGGAGUAUCCCUCAACAACGUCCUCCUCAAAGGACCUGACCUCACGAACAGCUUGAUUGGGGUUUUGAUGAGAUUCCGACAGGGAGCUGUUGCCGUAAGCGGUGACAUUGAAAGUAUGUUUUAUUGCUUUUCUGUGCAUGAGGAUCACAGGAACUUCUUGAGGUUCUUUUGGUAUCAGGAUAAUGACCCUUCUAAACAGCUCAUCGAAUACCGAAUGCGCAAACAUGUGUUUGGUAACCGACCCUCGCCUGCUGUAGCUACCUUAAGGAAGGUAGUAGAGGAUGCCUCAGAUGACAUCAAGGAAUUUGUUCAAAAGAACUUCUAUGUCGAUGAUGGGCUGACAUCAUGUGAGGAUGUAGAUUCAGCUGUCUCUUUGAUGAAAAGAACCCAACAGACCCUCAAAGAAAAUGGCAGUAUUAGGCUGCAUAAAAUUGCAUCAAACAAUCAAGAGGUUCUUGAUGCAUUCAAUUCAGAGGAUAUUGCGAAGGAUAUAAGCGGUAUAGACAUACAGCAAGAAAAGGCCCCUCUCCAGAGAAGUCUAGGUCUCCAAUGGGACCUCAGGAAUGACUCAUUUACCUUCCAAAUAGACUUUGAGGAUAAACCUUACACAAGACGCGGAGUUUUGGCUACUAUAAACAGUUUAUAUGACCCAUUGGGCUUUGCUGCACCAGUAACAAUAAAGGGAAAAGUCUUACUCCGCAAUAUGAUGUCAUCUACCACUGACUGGGAUGAGUCUUUAUCAGAAGACUUCAAAUCAGAUUGGAAUAUGUGGCAGAGAAGCCUGCAUGACCUGGAAUCUGUGAAAAUUCCCAGGCCAUACAACAUCCUUAAAAAGGAGGAGGUAGUGAAAAAAGGAUUACACGUCUUUUGUGACGCAUCUGAAAAAGCUGUAGCAGCUGUCGCUUUCCUUAAAGCAGAAGAUUCUGAAAACAACAUCCAAUUUGGGUUUGUACUUGGGAAAUCAAGAGUUGCUCCUAAGCAGGGUCAUACUAUACCUCGCCUGGAGUUAUGCGCCGCAUUGUUGGCUGUAGAAGUAGCGGAAAUAGUAUCUCAGGAAUUGGACAUGCCACCUCAGGGCAUCACAUAUUACACAGAUAGUAAAGUAGUACUUGGCUACCUCAACAACAAAACCAGAAGGUUCUACGUAUACGUCACAAAUCGUGUUGAGAGGAUUCUGAAGUUCUCUGAACCUCAUCAGUGGCAUUAUGUACGUACCGGUAACAAUCCAGCGGAUCAUGGAACCCGCUUCGUUCCGCCAGCUUUACUGUGUGACUGCUCCUGGAUUGGGGGACCUCAACUUCUCUUUUCAAAUGAAUUGGAGCUCGAGAGUACCGAUCCUGGCAAAUUUGCUCUCAUUAACCCCCAACACGACAAAGAGGUACGGUCUGAACAGAUCUGUACUAUGAAGUCAAGUCUGGAAGUACAUAGUCAGAAGCUGUGGCUUACUGCCGAGAAAAUUAAAAGGUUCUCUUUAUUGUCCAGUAUUUUUCGAGCCGUAUCGUUCCUUCAAAACUUUGCUGCCAGAUCAGGGUCUGACAAGAACAACAAACACGCAGAGGCAGUUGUCAUACAUCAGGUACAAAAGGACGUCUUUAGAAAAGACUUUGAGUGUCUGAAGAAAGGAAAACCUCUUAAUAAAGACAGCUCUCUGCUUUCUCUUUCACCAGUUCUAAACCAAGACAAUCUGUUAUGUGUCGGAGGGAGAUUGCGGAGAACUGCCAUUCCUGUUCAAAUGAAGAGUCCCAUCUUAAUACCAGGAAAACACCAUUUUGCCACCCUGCUUGUCCGCCAUUAUCAUGAGAAAGUCUGUCAUCAGGGACGACACUUGACAGAAGGUGCUGUAAGAGAGGCAGGCUACUGGAUUGCAGGUGGGAAACGUCUUGUCUCAUCAAUCAUUCACUCAUGCGUUACUUGCCGUAAGUCCAGGGGUAAGCUAAGUGUUCAAAAGAUGUCCGACCUACCUACAGAGAGACUUGAACCAGUACCUCCUUUUACUUCAGUCGGUGUUGACUGCUUUGGACCAUGGCAGAUAGUCACACGUAAGACAAGAGGUGGCCAGGCAAAUAGCAAGAGAUGGGCUGUCUUGUUCACUUGUCUCACUUCAAGGGCAGUUCAUAUUGAGGUAAUAGAAGAAAUGAGUACUUCGUCAUUCAUCAACGCCCUUCGCCGCUUCAUAUCUAUCAGAGGAAAGGGCAAAGUGUUCAGGUCUGACAGGGGUACAAACUUUGUAGGAUCUAUGGAAAAGCUUGGUGGAAUCAACGUUGAGAACGAGUCUGUAAGGAAAUGUCUCCUUGAGGAUGGUUGCAGAUGGAUCUUCAACCCCCCCCCCCCCCCACAUGCCUCCCACAUGGGUGGUGUGUGGGAGCGGAUGAUAGGGGUUACAAGAAGGAUCAUUGAUGCUUUACUUCUGGAUAGUAGACGGGGCGUUCUCACACAUGAGGUCCUUACUACCUUUCUUGCCGAAGUGACAGCUAUCGUCAAUUCGCGACCACUAGUGCCACUGAGUUCUGAUCCUCAAGAUCCCUAUCCUCUUAGUCCAUCUCUGAUUCUCACUCACAAGAGUGAUUCAGUCACCGACAUAAUCAUUCCAGCUGAUACUAGAAACAUGUAUAGAGCUCAUUUGAAGAUGGUUCAGUGUCUAUCUGAUAUGUUCUGGAAAAGAUGGAGGAUGGAAUUUCUGCAGAGUCUACAAGGACGACGGAAAUGGCACCAGGAUCAGAGGAACUUUCGUGUGUCAGAUGUUGUCUUGUUAAGAGACAAAGUGCGCGCAACUACUGGCCGAUGGGCAUUGUUACCAGAGUGUUCCCCAGCGAGGAUGGCAAAAUUCGUACGGUAG